AUGGAGAAAGGCUCAUCGAGUAAACGCAAGACCAUCGACGACGAUUUCGACGACAUACUUGUCAUGCCAGAGUGGGUGAUCACCUUGGUGACGAAGCAAGGCGGCACCGAUGCUCGCUUCAUCGGAACCAAGUUAAUCGAGAAAUUCGACUUCGACGUCCUGAAUAAACGCCUCCACCCCCCCAAGCGUUUGGUCGGUGCGAAGCUCAUGCCCAUGCUUACCGAAUUCGAAAAAGCCGCUGCAAGGCUCUCUGACGACGUCGGAGUUGUCAAGGAGCCGGGCCUGCAGGUUACGGUCUUCACCAGGUGCGGCUUCCGCUGCGAGAAUUUGGAGCUCACGCGUAAUGACAUAAGCGGAUGGACCGUCAUCAAGGGUACGGAGAUGCAAGUAUUCAGUGCGUGGAGUUCCUUGGAGAAGGGCGACGAGGUCGAGAUUUGGGGUUUCCGUCGCGAAGAUAAACUCUGCUUCGCCAUCGGCAAGUCGGCAUCACCCAAUAUACUUAAACUCUUAGCAAAUUUUGGCUUUUCCACAAGCCAUAAAUGA